UUAAUUAAAGAAUUAAGUAAACCCAAGUAAAAUAGAAUCCGUUGCGAUUGCUGCUUCAUUUUCGUUCUCUUCCAUUUCCCAGAAGAAAAAUGGCGUUUUGGUGGCCUUUGCUGGUUCUUGCAUUAGCUUACGCCAUUUGUCGGUUCCUUUUCAUGCUCAUUCCUCACAAUGUUCCCUCCAUCGACGUCGAUGUCUCAGACGUGUUGGAGGAUGGGAGUCAGAUGCAGGAGGAAAGCUUCAUAUAUAUUCCACCGAGGGGAAGGACGCAGCAGGCGGACCCGAAAGUUCAGUGCUAUGAGCCCGCGACAAUGAAAUACUUGGGGUAUUUCCCUGCAUUAACAUCUGCAGAGGUGGAGGAGCGUGUGGCACAUGCAAGGAAGGCACAGAAAAUCUGGGCAAAGAGCAGCUUCAAGCAAAGGCGCCAGUUUUUGCGGAUACUUUUAAACUAUAUAAUUAAACACCAACAGCUCAUAUGCAAGGUUUCUUCACGUGAUACUGGAAAGACAAUGGUAGAUGCCUCUUUAGGCGAAAUAAUGACAACAUGUGAGAAGAUUACUUGGCUUCUUUCGGAGGGUGAGCGGUGGCUAAAGCCUGAAUACCGAUCUUCUGGAAGAUCAAUGCUUCACAAGAAAUCCAAAGUGGAAUUUCACCCCCUUGGUGUUAUUGGUGCCAUUGUAUCAUGGAACUAUCCUUUCCAUAAUAUUUUUAAUCCAAUGCUAGCAGCUGUCUUUUCAGGAAAUAGCAUUGUGAUUAAGGUCUCAGAACAUGCAAGUUGGUCUGGAUGUUUCUAUUUCCAAAUUAUUCAAUCAGCCCUUGCUGCGGUUGGAGCUCCUGAAAAUUUGGUUGAAGUUAUUACAGGCUUUGCUGAAACUGGAGAAGCACUGGUGUCUUCUGUUGACAAAGUUAUAUUUGUUGGAUCGCCUGGUGUGGGUAAGAUGAUAAUGAGAAAUGCCGCUGAGACACUAAUCCCCGUUACGCUUGAGCUUGGUGGAAAAGAUGCAUUUAUUGUGUGUGAAGAUGUAGAUGUGAAUCACGUUGCACACAUUGCUGUUAGAGCUGCUCUUCAAUCAAGUGGACAAAAUUGUGCUGGUGCUGAGAGGUUUUAUGUCCAUAGGGAAAUUUAUUCUUCAUUUGUCAGUGAAGUGGCCAAAAUUGUUAAAUCCGUUUCAGCUGGCCCACCCCUUGCUGGUAAGUAUGAUAUGGGAGGCAUAUGUUUGCAAGAGCACUCUGAAAAGCUUGAAAGCCUUAUCAAUGAUGCCUUAGAGAAAGGAGCUGAAAUUGUUGCUCGUGGAAGCUUUGGUAAUAUAAGUGAAGGUGCAGUGGAUCAGUUUUUUCCUCCCACCGUGAUAGUGAAAGUAAAUCAUUCGAUGAAGUUGAUGCAAGAGGAGGCUUUUGGACCAAUCAUGCCGAUAAUGCAAUUUAGCACGGAUGAUGAAGCUGUGAAACUUGCAAAUGACUCAAAAUAUGGACUUGGCUGUGCUGUUUUCUCUGGCAGUCAACGCCGUGCCAGAGAGAUAGCUUCACAGAUACAUUGUGGAGUUGCUGCAAUUAAUGACUUCGCAUCUAAUUACAUGUGUCAGUCCCUUCCAUUUGGUGGUGUGAAACACAGUGGAUUUGGACGCUUUGCUGGUGUUGAAGGGUUACGAGCUUGCUGUCUUGUAAAAUCAGUUGUUGAGGAUAGAUGGUGGCCUUUUAUAAAAACAAAGAUACCUAAGCCUAUACAGUAUCCCAUCGCGGAGAACGGUUUUGAGUUUCAGGAGUCACUCGUUGAAGCCCUCUAUGGCCUAAAUAUAUGGGAACGCCUGCAAGCACUGGUCAAUGUUUUGAAGAUCCUCAAUGAGAAAAACUCUCGUUCCAAUGGAACUAAGAAAAACGACUGAGCACGAUGCAUGAGAAUUGCCAACACUGCCCUUCCACCUUGGGUUUACUGCGUUAUGAUUGUGGACAUUCAAGAUUUCGAAUUAUCAUAAUUUUGGGCAUGAUCCUUAGAUUUCCCCCCUUUUCUUAAUUUUGGGCAUGAUCACGAGAUUGGUGGUAUGUUUCCCUAAUUUGUCUUGCUCAUGGCUUCUUAAGCGCUGAUACUCCUGUCAAGUCCUGGAGGUCCCCUUGUUUUUGUUGGAUCAGUACCGGACUGGGUUAGGUUGAAUUAGAUAACACUAUUAACUGGUA